UCCAUUUUAUUUUAUUUUCUAUUCUCUUUCGCAUUGCUGGUCAAUCUGCGCUAUUGUACAUAUAUAAUAAUUUCAUCGCCUCUUACCCACCUAAUUCAAGAUGCUGUACAAAUCUCUCAUCAUUUUAGCGGCGGCGUCCGCAACUCUGGGUGCUACCCCGAAAGGGUUUCAGCCCACGACAGAGGCUACUCUGCUUGUUUCUUAUGGCAGCAAUAUCGCCGCCAAUGGUGGAAAUGUCCUGCAAAAAGCGGCAACCCAAACGGCCCCUACUGUGGGAACACAGUCCAAGCUGGAUGGGACAUCGUUCGCGGUAUUGAUGAUUGACCUCGAUAUCCCGACGAACAACCCUCCUGCAACGGGAACUCUGCUCCACUGGAUGCAGACUGGCUUGACGCAAAACACGAGAGCGACGGCUAUAAACUCAACCACGGGAACCACCAACGCGUUCGUGCUGCAGAAUUCCAAGAACCAAGCAGCAUUCGCGGCGUAUCUGGGACCGGCGCCACCAGCACGAGUUCCGCUGUCUCAUCGAUAUACGCAGAUCUUAGUGGACACGUCGAACGCCUCAGCCAACAGCCUCAGCACCCUCCAGACAGCUGCUUCGAAUCGAACCAACUUCAAUGCCAUGACCGUCUUGACGCAAGCCGGAUUAGCGAACAAAAUCAUAGCUGCUAAUUUCUUCAAUGUGACGAAUUCUACCGCCACCAACGGCUCUGGAGGAAGCGGCCGUGCUACUGGAACCGGUUCUUCGGCCACGCCGACUCGGACAUUUGUUCCCGGCGCAGCGGUGUCAGAAAGAGCUAGCGGGAUGCUUUUGGCUAUCGGGUUGGUUGGCGCUGUGUUCCUAAGUUUGUAGAUGGAAUUUGGGAUGAGAUGAGACAAAAUUAAAUGGCAAUUGACAGAUGUCGGUGCGCGCAAGAGAAAGCCAAGACAUACCUACCUAGUACCUACUAGGUAGGUAUGCACUUACGUUCGUUGAAGUUGGAGAGUCGCCGUGUUGCCGAUUUCCUUUUUAGCGAUCCACAGAAAUCUCA